GGGCGGAAAACCAAAUGUCACGGUUGACGUUUGACCCACUUACUUUUCCCUGCGGCUCAGAACUUUCCCCAAGAAAGUUUACGGUGAUCCGGAAAAUGCUCCGAAAAGUCCACCUGCUCUCGAACUGGCUAUAAAAUGGAACCCGGGUUAUUCGAUAUCAGAAGUAAUCAGAGAAGAAGAGUCAGUUACCAUUUUAAGACAGUCAAAAGCAUUCAAAUACGAUGGCAAAACUGGGCAUGGCUAUCCCAACAUUACUUCUGGUUCUGACAGCGGUGGUCUCGCUGGGUGAGACGGGUCCUGUGAGGUGCUGUUUAUCAUAUAGUGAAAAAGCCAUCCCUGUCAGCCUGCUGCAACAGUUUCACCGCCAGGACAUCAGAACAUCCUGCAACAUUGAUGCUGUGGUUUUCAUCACUGUGAAGGGGAGGAAGAUCUGUGCCAACCCCAAAGACAAGUGGGUACAGGAGGCAAUGGAAUACAUAAAGAACCAGAGGAGAGCUUGAUGACAUCACCUACGUGUUUUUUGUACGUGAGGCCUGACCUGGUUCAGACACAACUCAGCCGGAUUCCUUAACAGAACACCAUCACUUUAGAAGCACACCUGCUCUUAUAUCAUCCUUCUGCUUUCAGAAUGGCUCAUUUUGCUUGAUUUCGUAAGAAAUUGAUUUUUAAAUACCAACAAAUGUAUUCGACAUAUAAAGUGGUAAAGUACUGCAUAAGUGGUACUCGAUUACAGCUUGUGUAACUCAUUGGAAAAUAAAUGUAUUUUUUUGUAAGCUACUUCAUCAUUAAUAAAAUAAAG